AUGAAAUUCAUUAAUUGUGAUAAAUAAGUAGAACAUAAACAUUGGCAGACGAUAGUUGAUUAAUUUCGCAAAUUAACAUGCGUAAUUGAUAAUAACUUCACGUCUAGAAUCCGCCGAAUGUGAUGUGGACUGCGGAAAUACAAGAUGGUAAUAUAACCGUGAGCUCAACAACCACAGGUACAUCCAGCACGAGCAAAAGACCUCUAGAAUUAUCCAUUAACGAUACCAGGGACGUAAAUCCCACCACACACACAUCUACCUCACAAUGCUCCGGUGACAAACGUCAAAAAACCACCAUCCCCUGCGAACAACAUGAACAAAAACAACAUGCCAAGAAAGAUCACCAUAUGAAAGAAGUCAUACGUAAAUGGCAACUUGAUAAUUUGGCGAAAUGUGUUUUCGACAACACCGUCAACAUGGUGUUGGAUGGUUUACCCGAAGAAGCUACCACUGUCAGGCAAGAAACACUUAAUAUGGCCAAUAAUUACAAUAUCGAAGAUGAAGCUGUUCUGAUGGCUAUCGAAGAGCAUGGAUUACGUCAACAGGCACAAUCUGAUGAUUCUCCAUUGUCAUCGUCUUCUACAGAAGACUCUUCUUGUUGUUCGAGUUCGGCUGACUUUUACCAGCAUACCAAUUCUACUACCAUUGAUACCUAUUUUCAUGGUCCAGAUAAUCAGGAAUUUAAUUUCGAAAAUAAUUUCCUAGUUACCGCUGUAUCAGCGGCCAUUGAAGAGAAGGGUCUUAGCAUCUAUAAUGUUUGAAAAUUUUGUACAUUUGUCUAUUCAGGUAGAUUAUAGGUAUGCCACCGAUUCUCAAACGUGCUAUAGCUUUAAAAUGUAAAAUGUAUCGAGUGUUCUCUUUUUAUUCCUAUUAAAUAUGCUUUUUAGUUGUUAAAUAUUACUUUUUUUUUUACGUACAACUUAUUGCCAUUUUACUCACCUCUGUCGUUCGUUUUUUCUUUUUUAUUUGCAAGUAUAUUUAUUUUAUUUUUUUUUUUAAAUAUUUCGCUUAAUUUCAAUACUUUUCCUCUUUUGAAACCAAAUUCCAUAUUUGAAAAAAAAAAUCUUAUACAACUUUUGUUGUAGAACUGGAUGAUUCUUCUGUUUAUAUUAUUUUCAAUACUGAUUGGAAAAUCCUCCUUAUAAGAAUUGUCCAGCCUUAUGUGAUUUUCAUUUUGUUAUUAGCGUGCUAUUUUUUUUUUCUUUUUCAGUUAUAGUUUUAAUAUUUUUAUAAAAAAUAUUUAAAAUGUGUAAUAUAUAUUAAUAAUAAAUAAUGUAAUCAACUAACA